AUGACUAGUCAGGUGCCCAUCACAUCUAAAAACGCACUGUCCCCGUUUGACGAGAAAACAGAGAUAAAUGAACUCAUUAAACAAAUAAACUUGACUAUUUUGAACCUACAGAGGAAAAGGCUACACCUCAGUAGGGAGCUUAGUGUUGCCAUUAAGCAAAAGAAACCUAAAAUUGAGGAGAUCAAAGAGAUAACCACCACUUCUAAUGAAACUGGUGAAUAUGAGGAUAGGGUUAACAGACUCAAAGCUUUGGUUGACCAGUUUGACCAAAAAAUCAAGGAGGCUCAAUCAACGAAGGACAAUUUGAACAAGUUGGCGCAAUUACAGCUACAACUGCCACUGGCUGACAAAAUAGAUGACAAGGAGAGACUAAAUGAAGAGGGUCUUCCCUUUAUGGAUAUUCAAGAAGAAGUAGAUGAAGAUGGGAAUGUCAUCAGCUCAAAUGUCAACAAUGUUCCCAUUGAGGUUGACAAAAAGACACCAGAUUCGGCCAAAAUGGAAAAGCUGUUAUCGCCAGUAAACAAGAAUAAGGAAGGAAAUGACGACGACGAGGAGCUUAUGCAACUAUUCUCGGACAUGGAACUAAUGCCUAGUCGCGAUCGUUUAAAGCAACAUAUAAGCCAGGAUGAACUUUUAGAUAAAAUCGAUGAAUUGAAAAUCAGUCCAGAAGAGAAAUUCAAUCUAAAAAGAAUCUGCUUAAAGGCGUUUGAGGAUUAUGAUGAGAAUGACGAGGAAACAACGGCGAAAGAAGUGUCUGAAGAGGAAGAGGUUGCACCCGCUAUGGAAAAUUACAAAUCGAUGAAUCACAAUAUUGACACGGACAAUUUACUUGAAUUGGAACUACUAGCUGACGAAUUUGAUGAUCAUGAGGUGGAAAACCAUGGAAAUUACAGUGGGGAAGAAGAAUUGGACUAUGAUUUUGACGACGAGGACGACAAUGAUGAUAAUGAUGAUGUUGACGACGAUGCAGCAGACGACCUUCUAUUUGGCAAUAAACCAAAUAGCACUUGGCUCGGAGGAAAACUAGGGAACAGCAAAUCAAGUGAUUUGUUCUGGAGUCAAGUUGCCCAACUACGGAAGAAUGAGAAGGGCAGUAAAAACAGUCAAAAGCAUGGAUUGGAUGCAACGGAAUCAGAAGAGUCUUAUACCAAUUUGAGUGACGGUAAGAAGAAGCAAAAGUCAGUGAGAUUUGCAGAGAACUUGGAUGUGAAAAAUGUGGAGAACAUUAGCGAUAGUUUGAAAACCCCACAGUCUCAUAAGAAAACAUCAUUGUUCAAACAAAACCGGGCAAAGGUUGGCAAAAGUGACGUUGAAGAGAAAAGCAACUACAGCAAGUCAAACACCAACGAGAGCAUAGUGGAGGACACCGUGCUCGAGAGAGAGGUUAACGAAAACCCACCCGAGCCAAUUGUUGAAGACACUAUAGUCGAGAAAGACGAUGCCAAUUUACUGAAGGAGAAGGAGUCAAAAAAUUCGCACGUUUCGGGAUCUCAAGGGAUCAAAAGUAAGCCUGUUUCAAGAUUCAAAGCUCUAAGGGAGAGUGCAUCGAGUCCGACUAAGAACAAGACUCCUGAGAAAAAGAAAGCCGAAGGCGUCCUAGACAGUAAAAGUGUCAAUGGCACCACGCCCAAUGCACCACAAUUGGACUACAGUAACAUGCAAGACAUUGAUACAAUGGCGAAAGCCUACCUGAUGGGAAUGUAUGACGAUGACGUCGACGUGGAAGGUCCAUUAGUCGAGGACUUGAAAGAUUUCGAAAAGAUCAACAAGAUUGUUGAAUCGAGGGAUAGAAGAAAGGACCAACUAAUUGGCUCUACUGGAGGAGAGACGUAUGACAAAAAGUCUAAUGAAGUGGGAAUGGAUUACGAAGACACUGCAGAUAUAGAUGAUUAUGACGAGAACGAGACAAUGAUGAACGACAUAGAGGAGCACGAAUUUGAUGAAGAUGUGCUUGGUGAAGCUAAUGAUGAGAACGAGAUUACCAAUCAGGAGCUCAGCGACAGCUAUCAUAGGAUGAGAGAGAAGAUGCUUUUGAGAAACAGAGCGAAUCAGGAAGAACAAGGAUUUGAGCCCACGGAUGAGGAGGGAGCCCCUGUCAGAAUUAGCAAGUUCAAAGCAAGAAUGAAUAAGUAG